AUGGUAGCCAAGAGCGGUCUAAGGUUGCCUGGGUUACACCUUUGGAGGCUGUGGCUAGUCCCAGGCGCCCCCCGACUCCCGGGAUGGGGCUUGGGCCUGGAAGUGAGGGCUUAUUCCCGGUGCGAUGGUCCGUACUCGCGCACGGCGCUAUAUGAGCUGCUCGGCGUGCCCUCCACCGCCACGCAAGCGCAGAUUAAGGCCGCAUACUACCGGCAGAGCUUCCUUUACCACCCGGACCGCAACUGGGGCAGCGCGGAGGCGGCCGAGCGCUUCACCCGCAUCUCCCAGGCAUACUUGGUGCUGGGCAGCACCAGCCUGCGCCGCAAGUACGACCGAGGCCUCCUCAGCGACGAGGACCUGCGCGGACCCGGCGUCCGGCCCUCCCCAUCGCCUUCCGCCAGCCCCAGAAAACCCGGUCCCCGGCCCCCGGCCUCUCAGGACCCCGGCCAGGCUGCUCAGGGCUCCCGGCGCCCCAAGUUCGACUUCGACGCCUUCUACCAGGCGCACUACGGGGAGCAGCUCGAGCGCGAACGGCGCCUGAGAGCCCGGCGGGAGGCCCUUCGCAAACUGCAGGAGGACAAGGCCAACAAGGGCUUCCGCUGGGACGAGACCCGGGACACGGCCUUGAUUUUCCUUUUCAUCACUCUCUUCAUCAUCAUGGGAUUUCGUGUUUAACAGAGGUGGGGGGGGCAGCCCCUUCCCUCCAGGACAAGGCCUGAUUCCAUCCCUGGAAUUGUUUGCCUUCCGUAGUCUACCUCUCUGGGGACCUUUGACGUGUGUGCACCCCUCUCCUACCUUCCAGAACAGAAGUCUUCACCUAGCAAAGAGGCCUCAAGAUGAAGAGCCCUGGAAGCCCGGGAGCAAGGGUUGGCUGGGGUGCUCGCUCCCAGAGGUUGCCUUCCUGACAUUGUCAGCUUCUGGAACCCUCGCUCCACCUGCCUUGUAAGGUUGGGAGCAAGGAGUGUGUGUGCUGCCCCGGAUCGGGGGUUGGGGGUGGGCUCCUUUGUAACCUCAAAACGUGCAAUGUGACCACUUGGUGGCUGCCAAAAAGA